AUCCACUCACCCCAUCGUCCUCCUUCUCAUUCUCGACGCUCGGGCACAGAGCCCAGAUUACGCUUGCCGAAAAGCUCGCCGCGACCACUUUUAAGUUUCUCAGCCCUCUUUUGUGUGUGUUGUUUGACUCGCUGGAACGAUCGAUUCGAAACACCAACUUCAGACGUCGCUCCGGCUUGCCAUCAUCGUCAUCACCACACCGCCAUCGCGUUCUCUGCCUCUCGCAACUCCUCACCACAGUACACUCAUUUGGCCCUUCUCGCUGCUCGCUGCUCGCCUCACGCCCACCGGCCCCUCAGUUCAUCACAAAAGACGCUCGCGCAAACGCAUUCCCGACCGACACUCUUUUGUCCCGCGCGCGCAUCAUCAAAUCACACUUCCACGUUCGGAUUCGCUCCGCAUUCAGUCGCAACACGAUGAAGCGUCGAUGCCUGGUGCUUUGCGCAGCAGCUGCUUUGCUGGUCGCUUCAGCCUCGCCCGCCGUAGCAGGCUCUUCCGAUGCACCUCAAAAGGUGCUGCUGUACACGUACGCCCAAGGUUUCCAGCAUCCCUCCAGAUACGACGCCGCAGACGCGAUUGAAAAGUUGGGAAAGGACAAUAACUUUGACACGUUUCACUUAGACGACCCUUCUCAGAUGGAAGAUGAGGACUGGCUGAACCAGUACGAUGCUCUCGUCUUUAUCUCUACCAGCGGAAAAGCUCUCACACCGCAGGGCGCGGGUGCGAUGAGGAGGUACAUCGAAGCUGGCGGUGGCUACAUGGGCAUCCAUGAGGCGUCCGACACGGCCUACGAGUAUCCGUGGUAUGGUCGACUGGUGGGCGCCUAUUUUGGAGGACAUCCUUUCCCGCAAACUGCCAAGUACAUGGUCGUGGAUGGUGAAGAGGAUCAUCCGGCAGUCAACAACAUUCCAUCCAGCUGGAACGUGUACGGCGAGGUGUAUCACUUCAGUAGCGAUCCUCGCAAGUUGGAUCACACCGUCGUCCUCACCGUCGACCACGGCUCCUACAUUUCCAAUGACAUGACGAUGAAGGAGCUCAACGAUGUUCAGGGAUCACCUCACCCCAUCGCAUGGUUCAAGGAGGGCAACCUGCUCGAUGCACCCAAGAAAUCGGUCGGUGGAGGCGUCGACAACAAACCGCACACCAAAAAGAGCCAGCAGGGAAAGGGCGGCGAUGGAAGGUCCUUCUACACCGCUUUGGGACACACGCCCGCUUCUUGGAGGGACGACGAUAUGCUGAACCACAUUCUCGGUGGUCUUCAGUGGGUCCUAAACUCCAGCACCAUUGCUUCUGCAGGACCCGAUGCGCCAAAGGGAGCACCUGGCACGGCUUACGUCGCCAAGCCAUCCUCGAGCUCAAACAGCACGACCGCCGCAUCAAAGAGCGGCACAAAGGGAUCGUCGACGAGCAGCAGCAGUGGCGGAACAACGAUCGACACGGAAGACGGAGCGAGCUCGUCGGCUUCCGCGUUGGCUUCAUUUGGCAUGCCGUUGUUCGUGGCGGCUACCUUUGUCGGUGCGAGCUUGAUCAUCUGAUUCGAAACGCG